AUGAAUUUAGUGAGUGCUGAUAUUUUCACCUCGCCCCCACGUAGUGUGCAUUCCUCCGGGGCGUUCAAGACAUCUUUCCGUCUCCGUCGGGCGCCAAAGCAUGGAGUGAAAACAAAAAGAGAAAAGGACUCUCAUGACGCCCCUUCGCAUAACGAUUCCAAGCCUCGUUCAAAACUUCAAAGAUUUUUAGAUUUUGGUAUCAGCACCCGUGUGAGAACAAUGUAUAAAGAUGGCUUUGAUUCUGCAACCCGAUCGAAGGAAUUUCUACAAGUGCCUACCGAACACGCUGGCCUUGAAAAGCAAAUGGUCGUUGCUGGCAGCGAUGCAUUUGAAAACAGUCAACACACAAACAGCAAGUGUCAGAUGGAAAUGAGGGAAUGCAAUACUGAUAAGAUCCUUUCCGAGAAAGAUUGCAAGAGUUCUGCUGAGACCGGUAAUCCACGUCAGCAUUCUUUUGUUUAUUUAGACAAAAAAGUCUAUUGCAAAAAGAACUCUAUCCAAAAAAGUAAGUCAGACCUGGCCGGUAUUACAGUUAAAGACAAAACAUGCUCACUCCAGGAAAAAAGCGCGAAGAACCCCGAAAAUGGUAGUACAAUUAAGUACAGCCAUUCCGUGGUCAUCAUUCCUGCCUGUACACCAGUGACCAACGAUGGCGGAAAUUCGAGCGAUUCUGAAAUUACAUCUGAGUUGGCUGACCAAGCAACGGUCGACAAUCGCCAUUCGCGGCCUUCGAGCUCGGCGAAUUUCAGCUGCAAAACUGCCGCGCCGUUAUACUCUGGUUCGAGUUUAGCUUCGAAUACGGAUGCAUCCACAUGUUCUAUAUUAUCUCAACAAAAACAAGAAACCAGUCAAAGACGUCGGAACCAAAGUCGAAAGCUAACGGCAAAAGACGAACCAGAAGAAACUGUUGCAUCAAAACUCAAAGACUGUUCUUCAGUGAAGCUUACUUUCAGAAAAGAAAGAAUUACAUCCCGUAAGAAUACCGAGUUUCUAAGUAAAUUCUUGACUUCUAUAAAAAAUGAACAGAAAAAAACUUUCUAA